UUCUUUCUUUCUUUCUAUUUGCUUAGUUAUAUUAGUGAUUUAUAAUUGUACUUUUUCUCUUUCAUUUAUCGGAGUUUGGAGGAGCUUCAGUGGCUAACAUGAGUGAAAGACGAGCCUCAGGCCGCUCCAGAUGCAGGAGUGCUGCUUACACCCUGACGGCCAUUCAGGAGGUUGGGAGAUGUGGCUCUGGAAACCACGAUCAGGAUCCGCUGCCAAACCCAACCCAGCCACAGAGCCUACCUGGCUAUAUAGCACCUCUGUCUUCUGACCUGGCCGUUUCUGCAUCGACGGAUCAGCCCAACAGGAAGAGGAAGCGGCAGAGCGGCAGCCAGGGAGAUGAAGGUCCAUCCACCUCAUGCAGAAGACCUGCCAAACGCUCUUGCAGAGCAUAUGAGAAGGGCCCAUUGCUGGGAAAAGGUGGAUUUGGCUCCGUUUAUGCUGGGACACGCAGAUCUGAUGGACUGCCAGUUGCCAUCAAGUAUGUGUCUAAACGCAAGACACACAGGAGACUGAAAGUUGAAGGCCAUGGUCGGCUGCCGCUGGAGGUGGCGUUGAUGACCCUGGUCAGUUCAGAUCCUCCGUGCCCCAAUGUCCUGCAGCUGGUGGAGUGGUUUGACAGUCCCGCUCACUACAGCAUGAUCCUGGAACGCCCAGUUCCUUGCCAAGAUCUCCAGAGUUUCUGUGAUGAGAACGGCUGCCUGGACGAGAGCCUUGCCAAGAAAGUGCUGCUGCAGCUCAUCACCGCUCUGAAACACUGUGAGAGCCGAGGAGUCCUGCACCGGGACGUCAAGCCACAGAACCUGCUGAUUUCCACAGACUCGCAUGACAUCAAGCUGCUGGACUUUGGUUGUGGAGAUCUACUAAAGGACUCGGCUUACAGAUCGUUUGAAGGCACUCCUCAGUACGCCCCUCCUGAGUGGUUUCGUCGGCGCCGCUAUCAUGCGGGACCGGCUACUUUUUGGUCAGUGGGGGUGACGCUCUACAAAAUCCUGUGCGGUUGUUUGCCCUUCAGAACCGCAUGGAGGGUCACCUCCAAAACCAUACUGCACUUUCCUAGAGAGCUGUCUACAGAGUGUUGUCAGUUGAUUAGCUGGUGUCUCAGUGUCGCGGCGGCAGAUCGCCCCAGUUUAGACGACAUUGAGCGCCACCCCUGGUUACACUGAACAGGUGGCCAAUGACAUUACAUUCAUCUGAAUCACAGCAGUCAUUGGU